ACCUGCGGAAUUCAAAAGCAAACUCUGCCAGCUGGAGUAGGAUAUUUAAGGAACCAGUUAUGAAGAGGAGAGAAGACAACACCAAGGAUUUACAGGUGCUGUCAUGUCUGAAGAUCUGACUCUGAAAGGAGUCUUCCAUUCAUGCCUGUGGAUUUUAGAUCCGGUUUUAUGAGAUGAAAACAGCCUCUGCACUGGAGGACCCUCAUACCCACAAGUCCUAAUUACAAUCGGGUUCAGCAGUGAUGCUGGGACACCGCAAAAAGCCUUGCUACGACCUCUUCCACCCCAAAGCCCACAAAAGCCAACAGGCAGACCAUUCAUGGAAAGAGACAUUGUCUGCAACCAGCCACAAACCAAAAUAAAAGUAUUGGACUUCGUUCUCCACGCCUGUAUUUUAGCCUGGAAGCUUUUGAAGCAGACUGCGUGCUCCAGGUCUACCUCGGCACGCAGAACUGCUGCCAGCAAAGCGUGAUCUGAAGGCAAGACAGCAUGAAUGACAGAGGGCAAAAGAGACCUCAUACAGCCACCCACAUCUAAGAGCUGAUGCCUGAGCCAGUAACAGGUUUUCUACCAGUCUCCUAAUUUACGGCCACAUGGAGUCUCGGUCUGCCAGGGAGUGAAUGUAUAUGGUCGCAAAGCCGUACUAAAACCAGCUUCACUCUUUAAUGACUGGCUUUGUCAGAGAAAAUUUGUCAUGUUCUGCCAGUCAUUAGGAUAAUGCAGAAACAUCCAUACAAGUAACAGGCUAAAUGCUGUUAACUGAGUCACAUCAAAACCUAAUUCUAUACACAGGAUUUCCAGGACCACAAUAAGCUUUAAGAAGAUUUCUGCAAACAUGGCAUCUGAACGCAACAGCAAUUUUACUGCUCUGCCAGGCCACGCAGACCCGUUGACAAGCUGCAACGAUGAAGAUUUCUUACAGGUGAAAUCCUAUCUCUCCGUCCUUUACGGCCUCAUCUUCCUGGUGUGCUUCCCAGGGAACAUCGUGACAAUUUUUGUUUACUUUGUCAAGAUGAGACCCUGGAAAAGCAGCACCAUCAUUAUGUUAAACCUGGCUAUCACUGACCUAUUAUAUAUAGCCACGCUUCCUUUCUUUAUACACUACUCUGCUAAUGGAAAUAACUGGAUUUUUGGAAACUUCAUGUGCAAGUUUAUUCACCUUUGUUUCUACUUCAACAUGUACAGUGGUAUUAUCUUCCUUAGCUGCUUCAGCAUCUUCCGUUUUUUUGUAGUUGUCCACCCAAUUAAAUGCUUUUUUGUUCAAAAACGAAGAUGGGCAGUGGUGACUUGCGUAGUAGUUUGGGUGAUUUCCCUGGUGGCCAUCAGCCCCUUGGGCAUCUUGAUUGACACGAGGCAUAAGCAGAACAGGACGAUCUGCCCAGACCUAGCUACUGCUGAGGACCUUGACACUAGUCGGUGGUAUAACUGGCUGUUAACGGUGUUUGCCUUCUUCUUGCCCUUGCUGACGGUGACUCUGUGCUACGCGCUCAUUAUUUACACCUUGGCUACCGGGCCCCACACGCGGGCUUGCUACAAACAAAAGGCUCGCAGACUUGCCAUUGUCCUUUUGGUGGUCUUCUAUGUGUGCUUCCUCCCCUUCCACAUCUUCCAAGGGAUUCGGCUGGAGCUCCGAGUACAACCGGUUAGCUGCCACAUGAAGAACACGAUCUUUUUAAUGUUUAUUAUAGCUAAACCUUUAGCAGCGCUAAAUACUUUUGGAAACUUACUGCUCUAUGUAGUGAUGGGAGACAACUUCCAGCAGGCGAUCUUCUCACUCCUCAAGUUUCGGACAAACAAGAACUUGAAGUAGAAGUGAUUGAUGCCAUAAAAGAGUUAUGGAGGAAUGGUCCAAACCUGCCUUCAACCAGCCAGGCACA